ACCCGCGAGCUGAGCAGGACGUCAGAGGGAGACAGUAUGCAGCCUGCCACAGCCUACAAGCGCGCGCAGGCUGCUACAUGUAAAUAAAACGCCUUGAUGUGUUUUUCUGCUCGCGGGCUCUGCUUGAGAUAUGGGGCUUGGGUGAUGAUAAUAAUACAAAAUCAGCGGGCGAAAGUGGUAUACAGAUCUAUAUCGCUUACAUUGAGUUAUCGAUCAGACGCUAAGGGAGUGUUUACGUGGAUUAAACUCCGUGGCAGAGGGUUAGUGAAAACGGGCUAGAGCAGGGAGAGGAGCUGGAGCAUCGGGAAGCUUUCCGCCGGCUUCCGGACAUUCGGGGCGGCAUCAAAGCUGCAGUCGCUGCGAACUGGAACGACGAAACAUCGUCGACAUUGGACUGUGAAUCGCGUUAUAUCGUAAAAGCUGGCGUUCCCUAACAUGUCCAGAAAAGUCCAAAGAAGUGAGGUGUGUGCAGACUGCAGUGCGCCAGAUCCGGGUUGGAGCAGUAUAAACAGAGGAGUGCUGAUCUGUGAUGAGUGCUGCUCUGUUCACCGGAGCCUCGGACGCCACAUCUCCAUCGUCAAACAUUUGCGCCACAGUGGCUGGCCACCUUCCCUACUACAGAUGGUGCAGACGCUGGCUAGUAAUGGUGCUAACUCCAUUUGGGAGCAUUCACUGCUGGACCCUGCGCAGGUUCAGAGUGGUCGCAGGAAACCUAACCCACAAGAUAAAGUCCACCCCACCAAGUCAGAGUUCAUUCGCGCCAAGUAUCAGAUGCUAGCCUUUGUCCAUAAACUGCCAUGCCGUGAUGAUGAUGGGGUCACCAGCAAGGAUCUCAGCAAGCAACUACAUUCGAGUGUGCGGACAGGAAGUCUGGAGACGUGUCUGCGUCUGCUGUCCCUUGGAGCUCAGGCCAACUUCUUUCAUCCUGAGAAAGGCACCACUCCUCUGCAUGUGGCUGCUAAAGCAGGUCAAGUCCUGCAGGCUGAGCUGCUUGUGGUGUACGGAGCUGACCCCGGUGCGCCGGACAUAAACGGACGCACACCCAUGGAUUAUGCCAGGCAAGCAGGCCAGGUGGAGUUAGCUGAGCGCUUGGUGGAAUGUCAGUAUGAGCUCACAGACAGGCUGGCUUUCUAUCUGUGUGGCCGCCGUCCAGAUCACAAGAAUGGACAUUAUAUCAUCCCUCAGAUGGCAGACAGAGCGCGCCCUAAGUGCCCAACACAGAGCCUGGACCUGUCUGAACUGGCGAAGGCCGCCAAGAAGAAACUUCAAGCGCUAAAUAACCGCUUGUUUGAGGAGCUGGCCAUGGAUGUGUAUGAUGAGGUGGACCGCAGGGAGAACGAUGCGGUGUGGUUAACGACUCAGAACCAUAGUACGCUGGUUACCGAGAGGAGUGCUGUUCCCUUUUUGCCUGUCAACCCCGAAUAUUCAGCCACACGCAACCAGGGCCGACAGAAGUUGGCACGCUUUAAUGCACGAGAGUUCGCCACACUAAUCAUAGACAUUCUCAGCGACGCCAAGCGGCGGCAACAAGGCAAAGGCCUGACAAGUCCCACUGAACCUGUAGACGUGAGCCAGGCAGACGAUGACCAGCACGACUAUGAUAGCGUAGCUUCUGAUGAGGACACUGACAGUGAAAUAACUGCACAGAACAACACCAACGCUCAGCGCAACAACCGUGCUAAGAGCAUGGACUCUUCUGAUCUGUCAGAUGGACCGAUCACGCUGCAGGAAUAUCUGGAGGUGAAGAAAGCCCUGGCUUCUUCUGAGGCCAAAGUCCAGCAGCUCAUGAAGGUCAACAACAACUUGAGCGAGGAGUUGAGGAGACUUCAGAAAGAGAUUUCGCGGAUGCAGACGGAGAACGUAGCUCUAAGAGGGGCUCAGGCUGGGCCUGUGGGGGCUCUGGGGGGUGGCAACACGGCCCUUUGGCCCACCGGGGUAAGAGGAGGGGCAGGAGGAGUGGGCAGUGGGGACUCAAGCUUGGCUCCACCCUCCUCAGCUCCUCUGCGGAGGGACAGACAGGCCUUCUCGAUGUAUGAGCCUGGGGUGGCCGCCCCCAAAGCCCUCGGCCCAGCACUGGACUCCCUGAGCAGCCACCUGCAGCCCCUCAGCUCCAGCGUAAGUGUGCGAAAAGGGGCUACUGCAGGCCCCACCCCUUAUGGUGGACCACACAUGUCAGCCUCCAUGGAGAUGGGCCGCUAUAUGCCUCCUAAGUUAGAGAAGCAUGGUAGUGGCACUGACAGUGACUACGACAACACUCAAACAUAUGACAGUUCCAUUGGCAUGGGCCGCAGCAGUGAGGAGGAGAGCCGAGCGGAGGUGGAGGAUGCCGGAGAUGUGGGAGAGCCAGAUCCUACACUGCCCUGCACAGAGGAUGUCAUCCUGAAGACUGAGCAGGUUACCAAGAACAUCCAGGAGUUGCUGAGAGCAGCACAGGAGUUUAAACAUGACAGUUUUGUGCCAUGCUCGGAGAAGAUCCACUCAGCUGUGACGGAGAUGGCCUCUCUCUUUCCAAAGAGACCAGCUCUUGACGCAGUGCGCGCUUCCCUGAAGCUGCUGGCCUCUAGCGCUUCACGUCUGCAGGUGGAAUGUCGCAAAGCUGCGCCCUCUGAGCCUUCGGCAAGCGCUGUCGAUUACCAGCUCCUCACGCAGCAGGUCAUCCAGUGUGCCUAUGACAUAGCCAAGGCCGCAAAGCAGCUCGUCACCAUCACCACUCGCGAGAAGAAGCAGUGACCCGGCUCAGGGCUUGAUGGGUGCAGGGACCUGAUACAGAAAACAGGACACACUGGUGGUGGAGGAAGGAACUGCAAACAAAUAGUGGGUUGAAGAAGAUAAGAAAGAAAUGAAUGAUGGGAAAGGAUGGACCUCAAUGGGAUGGGUGUUGAAUGUAGGGAAUGAUGAUAGUCAUUUCAUGAAUGAUGAUAAAAGUAAGAAUCACAUCUGGGGGUGGGGGGGGAUGAAAGAAAACAAAAGGAAGUAAAUUGAAGCUCCAUGCACGUUGCACCACCAACGCAGAGAGGGGACAGCUAAUGGGAGACCCUUAUCGGAGCGGCUCGAAUCAUCUCACUUCUUCUCUUAAUCUUCUGUUAUUGGGAUCCCUCUUUACACGCACCUUUCAUUCAUCUUUCUCUCUCUCUCCCGCUUGCUCUCUCUCUUUCUCUCUCUUUCUUGCUCUGUCUGACUGUCUUGCUCUCUGUUUCUCCCUCACACAGUUAUAUGCGGAUGUCUCGUAUGGACAUUUCAUUUAACACACACACACACACACACACACAAGGUCUGCUCUUUCUCAUCAUUUUUAAUUUCUUUAAUGUUUGUUGAUUUAUGUCUUCUUUUAUAUGCCACUCCAUUGGCCUUUACCUCUCGGGACAAAAAUGUAGACUUAAAAACACUUACACUGGAAUUAUUGUAAUGUUUAUGACUAUAGUUUUUUUUUAUUAUUAUUAUUAAUGUUAUGGUUAUCGUUGCCAUUGAUGUUUUUUUUCUGAAUUUUGUUGAAUAUGUAUUGUUACUGUUAUUAUUAUUAUUAUUAUUAUUAUUAUUAUUAUUAUUGUUAUUAUUUUGUUAUUUCAUUGGCCGAAAAUGGAAACACUCAGCUUUUAUUCAGUAUUGGGAUCCUCAUGAUCUUACAGAACACACUUGUACUCCAGGAAGACGUGUAGAAAUCUUGAUGUCUGCAUUCACCAUAACCAAAGGAAAUAGCGAUGGUAAUGAGGACACUGUAGCAUUGAUUAGCAAAGCAUUUGUCAGUGUCUGAAAAUAAGGUCAGCUCUCAUUCUUUUGGUGAUAGAAUCAUUUCUUCAUUCAUCUCACAAUUCACAAUCCCUCCAUUGUACGAUCAUAUCGUAGAUGCUGCAGGUUUGUUGGCACAUUCGUUACAAUGCCUGUGUUUAGGAACAUAGAGGUCCACUCUGGUAGGACGGUUCCUCUCCAGUUCUUCCACUGUACUUUCUUUGAGAGUAUCGAUUUGGCUUCUUUACUAGUGUAGCAAGUUAGAGAAUUUUGAUGUGAACUUAUUUUUUGGACCAGAUUUUUUUCUUCUAUGAAAAUAUCAGAUUGAGUAUACUUCAUGUUUAUAUUAUUUUCUUGAUUGGAAAGCAUGUGUACUGUCAGUGUAACAAUGUUAUAUAAGCUAUAGGGAUGUGAGUGCUGAUGGUGGAAGGAGACCAUUAGUUUUCACUAUCCAGGCACUUCAGCAGGUUACAGUAAUGGGAAAAAUGACAGCUGUGCUGUAUAAAACUCUCCCCUAGUUGAUUCUGGUGUCAUAAAGCCAGUGUGUAUGAGACUGUAGCCAGCAGUCAGGGCCCCCAACCUCCUGCUGAAUACUAGCUAUAGAGCUCAAAGUACAACCAAGAUAUUUUAACUGAUGAUUACUUCUCGAUAUUGUGGGGUUGGUAAACUGGAGCUUUCAAAACAUGUAUACCAAGCACUAUUAAUGUUUUAUAAUUCUCAGGCUUCUUUUAGACAGCUUGUCACAUUAGGUUUUUCACAGAUUCCUGUUUAGUGUUUAUUCAACCAGAACUUUUUCAGUUCUUCUUUCGGACCACAUCCACAUUUCAGAUGAUUGCAUACUGAUGGUGUCGCUGACCAGACAGCUAGUAAAACAAUUUGUCUUAUCUUACUGUCUAGGCACAGUCUGUGUCACAUCAUGGCAUCAAUACUCUUUCAGUGUUAUAUUUUUUGUUUUUCUUUUUCUUUUGCCAUUACAUAAGCCUUAAUUUUGCUUCUCUCAACCUGUCCAAUUUUCCCUGAUGUUUUCAACCAUUUCAUGCACUUGCCUUAUUUCUUUUUCAGUCUGGGAAUGGGAUAUUGUUGUCCUUAAAAAACAAAAACAAAAAGCCAUUUGAGCGAAUUUAUCAUUUACUUUGCACAUCUGUGUGUGUGUUUUUUUUUUUUUUUAAUAGCUAUGUGACGUCCCUUCCAGUCUCUUUCUUCCUUCUGGGUAGUGCAUAUGAAAACAAAUCAAUGAGUAUGUGUUACACAUAUUACUAAGUUUGCCUUUUCACAAGGCUAUUUUACCAUGGCUUUUUGGGAGAUGUUUACCCAGUUUAUUGUGACCGUAGUUAAGAAGUUAGCACCUGAUAAGAUGGAGUGUGUGUGUUGGGAAAUGGGAGCCUUAGCGCACACAGACUUCAUGAUCUAUCCAGCACAAUGUUGGGCUCCUUUAGAGUGAGUUCUGUAAGUUUAAUGUCUGCCUUGUCCCAUUCAGCCUCAUGCCAUUAUACAGUCAAUACACACAAGUACAAAGCCUGCACACACACACACACACACACAAAACGUCCACAUCUUACUUCUGCAUAGUCUCUUCUUCAAGUCAGUCAAACACACUGCACUGUACUCAUCAUAACUGUUCAGAGAUGGCUGAUGGGAGAAUUUCUUUUAGCAGCGUUAAUUGUACAAAAUAAAGAAAUUAAACUAAGCAAAAAAAA